CCAGAACCUACAUGUCUGAUCAGCCUGACAUUUUUGGCAGUGGACUUUGCUCGCAUGUUGCACCGCAUUAUUGAAAUUGGCAAGGUCACAAGUUCUCAAGGUUGGCGUGAAGGACAACGACGAUAUCAAGGGUAUAUAUGCAGCGAUGGUGUACAAUGAUUGUGGAAAUGCUGUUUUUCUGAAUGAACUUGAAUCUCUUAUCAAAAAUCAGAUAGAGAGAGCUGAGUCAACCAAACGGACUAAGUUUGUAUAUCCUAAGGAAGCCGUUAGAUUAACUCCUGGGAGUUGUUUAGUAGAUCCACAUUUUAACAGUUUCGUUUGUAAGGCAGUUGGAGAGCUGUGUAUUAAACUUGAUGAAAUCAUUGGUGAAGCUGUACAUCCUGAGUAUGGCAGCGUCCGGAUAUCAGCGAUGGUACGAGAUCUCGAGCGGAGAGUUAGGAACACAUACAAUCAGUUCACAGAGAAAGGCUGUAAAAUAACAAAUCAUCCACCUGUGUCGAUCAAGUUGGGUAGUGUUUAUGCUUGGGCACGUGAACAAUCUGGUGUAGAUUUUAAUGGUCUUCAAAUGUGUUCAGAUCUGAGAAAAAAUCGUUUACGUUUAUGUCGAAAACUUUGUCGUUUAGUACGUCUAUCCAAGUCAUCCAAACAACGAAGUAAAUCUCAUCCUUUGUUGUCUAGCCUUAAACAUGAUCUAAUGAAAAUACGUUCUCGUGCUGCUGGGAAAGUGUUUUCAGAAAGGCCUGUCACACUGACCUCUCAUACUCCAGUUCAUACAAAACCAAUCCGCUUUACAGAGGAUCCAUUUGUCUUAUUUGAGAAACCUAUUAUCCAGUCAAAGCUUGCUAUCAUCUUUGAUAAAUUGGCUGAUCAAAUCACCGAUCUACUCUUACCAAUAUCACAUUUAAUUCCAGGCAUUUCUAUUGUAAAAAGUGCUGAUGAUAUUGGAAAACGUCGAGAGAAUUUACGUGCACAGAUUGUUCUAGCUAUUCAAGGAUUUUAUUGCCAUUUCAAUGAGACUACUGAUGAGGAUAAUGAUGACAAUGAUCCAAGUAUUGAUGAUCCUAUGAAUGGAAGUUCCAACAUGCCUGAUCCAUCUGAGUCGAGUUCAGAUGAUGAAGAUAUUACCGGGGCGAAAUUAACAGUUCAAAUGAAUCCUGCUAUAGUUCAGGCAUCACUUGAUCGCUAUGAUCAUUUCAACUGGAAUAAACAAAAGAAAUUUUCAUCGAUUCGAGCAAAAGAACAAGCCAUAGAUCAGUUCAGUAGUGGUAGUCAUAAUACUUCACGACAACAAGGUUCUCUAUUUAAAUCAAGAUGUAAAAUAGAAUUAAGUGAUCCAAUAAUUCAUAAUACUGAAGAAGUUUCUGCGGUCUCGGCGGCGGUUGCGACGACGACGACACCAACAACAACGACGAGUCAAUUAAAUCAAUGCGAAGAUGAUGAAAACUUGAAAAACGCAGACAUUGAAGGUGAAUCAAAUGAUGUGCCAAUGGAUGAUGCAGUACAACGUGAUGAAGGCAAUGAAGAGAAGGAUGAGUCUAGAACUGAACGACUAGAAGAAGAGGAAGGAGAAAGAGAAGAGGCGGAAGAAGAAGGACAACACCAACACCAACAACAGGAUGAACAACUAUCACAAGAACAAGAAGAAGAAGAACAACAGCAACAGCAACAACAAGAACAACUAGAACUUGAAGAAGAGAAGGUGGAAUCCCAUUCUACUCCUAAGCAUAAUAAUAAUGAUAAUAAUAAAUUGACUGAAAUUUCAAGAAAGUCUUUAAAUCGUUCUCUACGUUCACGUCAUAGUCAUACACCAACAGAUACAAGUUGUUCAGAAGGUGAAGUCCUGUCAGAUACAGAAGAAGAUCAAGAAUUAUCCGAUCAGCAUCAUCAUCAUCAGCAUCGUCGUCAUCAUCAUCGGGAUAAUGUUAAUGAUCCUGAUCAGAAAAAUCAUGAUGAUGAUGUUGGUGUUGGUGUACAUGAAAAAGUCAAACCAAUUGGGAAUGAAAAUCAAAAUGAAGAUUUUAUCCGAUUAGCAACAGGCCAUCCUCAUCCUCAUCAUGAUUCAUUAGAGUCAUCAUCAACAGCAGAAACAACAACAAUAACAACAGCAGCACCAUCAGAAACAACCACAACAACGACAACACUAGCACCAAUGAAUGAUGUUAAUUUAACUGAGCUAGAAAUUAUGAAUGAAUGGGCACAGCCAACAAUAUCAACAUCUAAUCGAUUAGAUAUUUCACUUAGUGAUAUUAAUCUUCCAUCUGAUGAACCGACUGACGCAGAUAAAUCUAUUAAUACUACUACUACUACUACUACUACUAUUAAUGAUUCUGAUGAUGAGAAUGAUGAAAUUCGAAGAAUAUUCAAUGAAUCUCUUGAAUUCUGUGCUAUUCAUCUACAAGAAUUAAUUUCACAAGCUGAAAUCAAUUCUAAUCGAUUAACCGCUAAAGUCAACAGAAAUGCCAAUCAGCAUACAAUGAUGAAUUCUACAAAUCGAUGGCCAACAGUGUCUAUAUCACCAGAAUUAGAAGCUAGUAUUGAAAGGACAGCAACUGCUUUCACGGAACAUGUCACAUCAGUUCUAGCCAAUCUGUUACACGCUGUACCAGAUCAAUUUUCAUCUAAAUCUGAAGCUGACACAAAGUUGCGUAAUCCACGUGUUGUGCCGCGUAGACAACCGAUUAUUGCACGUCGUGGUUCUAGACUUCGUGGUAUGCUAUUGGCUUAUCAAAAAGAUACUGUGAAACGUCAGAAUUCAAAUAGUUCAGACAAAUAGGAACAGUGAUGUCAAGGGAACGAUUAUUAGGGGAGUAUUCGGCUUUUUGGCGGACAAAAUAAUAAAAGCAGUCAACUACUUCUUUAAUUUUUGCUUUUUGCUCAUCAUCUGUUUUGCUUAUCCUUCUUUCUAUGUAAACUUUACUCUCUUCUUUUUGUACUCCGUUUUCCAUCGAUAAGUUAAC